UAUACUUCUUAGCAGAGGAAAAUGAGUCCCAAAAUUACUUAUGCGAUAGACUACAAGGGACAACCAGCUGACAAGACGAGAACUGGAGGAUGGUUGUCUGCGGCUUGUAUCCUAGUUGUUGAGGCAUGCGAGAGGUUCAGUACAAUGGGAAUUGCAGCCAACCUCGUGACUUAUUCAGUUGGGACUUUGCAUCUUCCUAGUGCAACUGCGGCCAACAUUGUAUCGAACUUUUCUGGCUCAGGAUAUCUCUUGUGUUUGGUUGGCGGUUUCGUGGCCGAUACUUACUUAGGCCGGUAUUUGACAAUUGCCAUUUCGGCAGUGAUCAUAGCGGUGGGUGCUGCCAUUUUAUCAAUAUCAUGCGCAGUGCCAUCACUACGCCCACCCCCUUGCAUCGCUAACAGUAGUACAUGCAUAGAGGCCAAUGGAUUCCAAGUUGGAGUUCUGAAUCUUGCUCUGUACGUGAUUGCAAUUGGACAAGGAGGACUUAAAUCCAAUGUAUCAGGAUUUGGAACUGAUCAAUUCGACGAGAAUGACAAGAAGGAAAAAUCCAAGAUGGAUUACUUUUUCAGUAGAUUUUAUUUCGUCAUCAGCCUUGGAACUAUACUUGGUGUCACUGUUGGAAUCGGAGUACAAGACUAUGUCAGCCGAAGCUGGGGAUACGGACUUUGUUGUUUCGCAUUCUUUUUUGGAACACUUAUAUAUAUAUCGCGAUCUAAGCAAUAUAGGUACAAGAAAAGCUUGGGAAGCCCCAUUGUUCAAGUUCUCAAUGUUUUGAUGGCUGCUCUACGGAAGAGGAAACUCAAGUGUCCUACCAACGUUGAUACCUUGUAUGAUGACACUACUGACACUGUUCCUAGACUCCAUCACACAGAUCAACUCCGUUGGUUGGACAAGGCUGCGAUCAUAGACGAAAACGACUAUGGAACUAAUGGUUCUGUGAUUCGUAACCGUUGGAAACUAUGUUCGGUCACAAGGGUAGAGGAAGUGAAAAUGGUGGUUAGAUUAAUGCCAAUUUGGGUCUCCACAAUCUAUUUCUGGACAAUACAUUCACAGGUGUUGACUUUCUCUGUGGAGCAAGCUUCAACAAUGGAUAGUAAAAUUGGCAACUUUCAAAUCCCGGCAGGCUCAUUCAAUACCUUCUAUAUUUUGGGCAUAUUGAUUGGUGCUGCUUUCUACGACCGGGUGAUCAUUCCAUGGAUGAAGAGGUGGAAAGGGAAACAUGGUUUCACCAAUCUACAAAGAAUGGGCAUCGCCUUUGUGUUUGGAAUUUCUUCCAUGGUAGUUGCUGCAAUCGUGGAGUUACGACGAAUCUCCGUCGUUAAAGCUGUGGGUGGGAAUGUAACAACUUUGCCUCUAAAAUUCUACAUAUUGAUCCCACAGUUUUUUCUUGUUGGAGUGGCAGAAUCAUUCAUGUACAGUGGUCAACUUGACUUCUUCAUAACUCGAUCUCCAAAAGGGAUGAAGUCGAUGAGCACUGGGCUUUUCCUCUCAACUGUGGGACUUGGAUUUUUUAUUAGUUCCUUCAUGGUGUCCAUAAUUAACAGUGUGACUGGAAACCAAGCUGGCACUGGAUGGCUAACCAGUAACAUAAACUAUGGAAAACUAUAUUAUUUCUAUGCUCUUAUUGCCGGGUUACUCUUCAUAGACAUGAUAAUAUAUAUUUUUUGCGCCAUAUGGUAUGUAAGGACAAUGAAAAAUGCUGCACAAAUACAGAGUAUCGUUGCAAGUUCUGAAGAGGAGGAGAAACAAGCCAUGCCCAUCCAGAUGAAGGGUACAGAGGAAGAUUGUAAUUGA